AGGAUUUGGAGGUGGGUCUCAUGCUCUGGGGGAGGGGCUAGUGCACUCUCUGGAAGCAGCUUGGAAACCUCACUGGCCCCAGAGCUGCUGUCCUUCCAAGAUGUGGGUCUGUGCUCUGGCCUUCUCCUUUUUCACCACUUUCACAGUUUGGGCAGGGCACCCCUCCUCACCUCCUGUGGUGGACACAGUGCAUGGCAAAGUCCUGGGAAAGUAUGUCAGCCUUGAGGGAUCUUCACAGCCUGUGGCUGUCUUCCUAGGAGUCCCUUUUGCCAAACCACCUCUGGGAUCCCUGAGGUUUGCUCCUCCACAGCCUGCAGAACCAUGGAACUAUGUGAAGAACACCACCUCUUACCCUCCCAUGUGUUCCCAAGAUACAAUGGCAGGCCAGGUACUCUCACAGCUGUUUACCAACAGAAAGGAAGAUAUUCCUCUCAAUUUUUCUGAAGAUUGUCUCUACCUAAAUGUUUAUACUCCUGCUGACUUGACAAGGAAAAGCAGGCUGCCGGUGAUGGUGUGGAUCCAUGGAGGUGGUCUUGUGAUUGGAGGAGCAUCAACAUAUGAUGGAGUGCCUCUCUCAGUCCAUGAAAAUGUUGUAGUGGUGACCAUUCAGUACAGGCUGGGCAUCUGGGGAUUCUUUAGCACAGGGGAUGAACACAGCCCAGGUAACUGGGGUCACUUGGAUCAGGUGGCUGCACUGCGCUGGGUACAGGACAACAUUGCCAACUUUGGGGGUAACCCAGGCUCUGUGACCAUCUUUGGAGAAUCAGCAGGAGGUCAAAGUGUCUCUGUUCUUGUGUUAUCUCCCCUGGCCAAAAACCUCUUCCACAGGGCCAUCUCUGAGAGUGGCGUGGCCCUCCUAUCUGCUCUGUUCAAGAAGAACGCCAAGCCUUUGGCUAAGAAAAUUGCUGUUACUGCUGGGUGCAAAACUACCACAUCAGCUAUCAUGGUGCACUGCCUGCGCCAGAAGACAGAAGAUGAGCUCUUGGAGAUAACUUUGAAAAUGAAUUUUUUUAGUGUGGAUCUUUUUGGUGACCCCAGAGAGGGCCAUUCUUUCAUGCCCACUGUAGCUGAUGGAGUUGUGCUACCCAAGACGCCUAAAGAGAUCCUGGAGGAAAAGAAUUUCCACACUGUCCCCUACAUUGUCGGAAUCAACAAACAAGAGUUUGGCUGGAUCAUUCCAAUGAUUAUGGGCUAUCCAAUCUCUGAAGGAAAUUUGGAUGAACACACUGCUGCAUCACUUUUGUGGAAGUCCUACUCCAUUCUUAGCAUCCCUGAAGAAUUGGUUCCAGUGGUCACUGAGAAGUAUUUAGGAGGGACAGAUGAUCUUUUAAAAAAGAAAGACUUAUUCCUGGACCUGAUUGCAGAUGUGGUGUUUGGGGUGCCUGCUGUGACUGUGGCUCGUGGCCACAGAGAUGCUGGAGCCCCCACCUACAUGUAUGAGUUCCAGUAUCGCCCAAGCUUCUCAUCAACCAUGAGACCCAAGACGGUGAUAGGAGACCAUGGGGAUGAGAUCUUCUCAGUAUUUGGUGCUCCAUUUUUAAAAGAGGGUGCCUCAGAAGAGGAAGCCAACCUCAGCAAAAUGAUGAUGAAAUUCUGGGCCAACUUUGCUCGCAAUGGGAACCCCAACGGGGAGGGUUUGCCCCAUUGGCCAACGUAUGACCAAAAGGAAGGAUAUCUGCAGAUUGGCACCACCACCCAAGCAGCUCAGAGGCUGAAAGAAAAGGAAAUGGUUUUCUGGACUGAGCUCUGGGCCAAGGAAGCAAUGAUGAAGCCAUCCCAGAAAGAACACACUGAGCUCUGAAUAGGAGGCCCAGCCAGCCUUUUCAGAGAGCUAAGACAGGUAUAUGUGACCAAGGGUGUUGGUAGGCUAAUGAGGCAGUCCUCAUGGAGGUGCAAGAAUUGUGUGGUAGGGGUGUGCAGAGUCCAGGGAAAGGGAAUAUUUUACUUGUAGCCACAAUUCGGUGAAUAAAUUUAAGAACUGAGACAAAAUCAGUGUCUUGUCCUGGAGUAGUGAUGAACCACCCUUCUCCAGUAGAGAAGGAUGAAAAAACAAACACCAACCCAGAAAGAUGUCUCUGCAAGGGUAGUUUUGGGGAAUAAUGACCCUGAAUUCGAAGGAAAACAAGCCUUUUGGAGGAAAAGCAGGAUGUGCAUGAUGGCUCCCUUUCUACCUGCAGACAGAAGAUGUCAUCAUAUAUGUGAGGAGAGUUCCUCUAAAGCAUUUACCAAAGUGCUAAAAUCCACAAAAGCACCAUAAAAUAUCUGUGGAUUUAAGAUAUCUGGAAAUCAUAAGCCCAAGGAAGUGCUUACACUUUUGAAAGAUUCUCUGUAGAUAUCUGUCAGAUGCUCUGGAGAGAGACAGGGAACAGUUAAUAGGAAGAGAGAGAGUACUAAAUGAGUGACACUUCUUA